UCGGAUUCAGUCUGGUCUCGACCGUUACGAUACACGGUUGUCUUUGCUCGUCCUCGUUCCACCUGUUCCUUGGGUGAAUUGUGCGUGUGUGUGUGUGUCUAGUUAAGCGGUGGGGGCGAGUCCUCCCAUACCCAUUCGGUCGGUGGUCAUUGGUCAUUUGGACAAAUUGCAUUUAGUUUAGCUUGUUACGGCGGCGCACAAAAAAUAAAGUCACUUAUGUUUGGAUAUUUGAUUUAUUCUACAUUUAAUUAAAUUGUAUGUGUCUGUGUGUGUGUCCGUUUAAAUUGAUAUUGCAAAAGUUUUGUGAACAACUGUAAAAUUGCAACGAGAAGAUGGUUGUCAAGGAGAUACCAUUGCACGAGAAUCUCAGCAUGGAGGCACGUCAUUUGAAUGCCAAUACAUCAGGUGCCAGUAGCAGGGCCACGCCCACAACAACAACACCAACAACAACAACAACCUUCUCUAGGGUCUAUAGCGUGUCCAUCACCACUGCCGUGCUAUUGAUCUCUUUCUUUAUAUGCACCCUUUUGGCUGUGGGUUUCAUAGUCUAUAAUUUUGCAACAUGCGGCCAAUUGACAGCAGAACCGGGUGAAGAUAUUGUCUGUACCAGUGUCCACUUGCGUCAUAAGUCCAAUCAUGCCCAGAAUGAUGAUCUACCCAAAUACGAUCGGGAUGUACGCUUGCCGCAUUCCAUAGAGCCAUUGAAAUAUAAUAUUACCCUGGAACCUGAGCUAAGUGGAAAUUUUAGCUUCUCAGGUAGUGUCCAGAUACGUGUACGUGUGCUCCAGGAUUGCUAUAACAUCACCAUGCAUGCGGAGGAGUUGAAUAUCUCACGCAAUGAUGUGGCUGUUUAUCGUGUAUUGGCUCAAAAUCAAUUGGAUCAGGAUAGCCUAAGGAUACACAAACAAUAUCUAGUGGGAGCCAAGCAAUUCUUUGUCAUCGAACUCUAUGAUAAGCUAGUCCGUGGUUCUGAAUAUGUGGUGCACAUACAAUUUGGUGGCAUCAUUCAGGACUUUCUACAGGGAUUCUAUAGAAGCUCCUACAAAGUGCACAAUGAAACAAGGUGGGUGGCCUCAACACAAUUCCAAGCGACCGAUGCCCGUCGUGCUUUUCCCUGCUUUGAUGAACCAGCUCUAAAGGCCAAGUUCACCUUGCAUAUUGCUCGUCCUCGUAACAUGACAACCAUCUCCAAUAUGCCAAUCACAUCGACCAAUAAGCAUGACUCUAUACCCAAUUAUGUCUGGGAUCACUUUGCCGAAUCGCUGCCCAUGUCAACUUAUCUGGUGGCCUAUGCCAUUUCGGAUUUUAGUCAUAUAUCGUCGGGUAAUUUUUCUGUGUGGGCCCGAGCAGAUGCCAUAAGAUCGGCAGAAUACGCCUUAAGUGUGGGACCGAGGAUUCUAAGCUUUCUGCAGGACUUUUUCAAUGUAACGUUUCCACUUCCCAAGAUCGAUAUGAUAGCUCUGCCUGAAUUUCAAGCCGGUGCCAUGGAGAACUGGGGUCUCAUUACCUUCAGGGAGACGACAAUGCUGUUCGAGCCAGGCUUGGCCACUGCCAAUAGCAGGCAACGAGUUGCCGCUGUGGUUGGCCACGAGUUGGCCCAUCAAUGGUUUGGCAACUUGGUGACCCCCAGUUGGUGGGCAGACAUUUGGCUGAACGAAGGUUUCGCCAGCUAUAUGGAGUAUAUAACAGCAGAUGCUGUGGCCCCCGAAUGGAAACAAUUGGAUCAGUUUGUGGUCAACGAACUGCAGUCAGUCUUUCAAUUGGAUGCUCUCUCCACAUCGCAUAAGAUAUCACAGGAAGUGUAUAAUCCGCAGGAGAUAACAGAGAUCUUUGAUCGCAUCUCCUAUGCAAAGGGCUCAGCCAUUAUUCGAAUGAUGGCACAUUUCCUUACGGAUUCUGUCUUCCGUCGCGGUCUGAGCAAAUAUUUGAGAGAUAUGGCAUAUAGCUCGGCUACUCAAGAUGAUCUUUGGCGUUUCCUGACCAAUGAAGCCAAGGCCUCUGGUUUGCUAGAUCGCAGCACCAGUGUUAAGGAGAUAAUGGAUACAUGGACCCUUCAGACUGGAUACCCGGUCGUUAAAAUUUCCCGUCAUCCGAAUUCAAAUGCCAUUAGAUUGGAGCAAGUACGUUUUGUUUAUGCCAACAGUUCCAAAGAGGAUGAAAGUCUCUUUUGGUGGAUACCUCUAACCUUUACCACCUCGACGGAGUUAAAUUUUGCCAACACACGUCCCACCACGUGGAUGCCACGUACUAAAGUGUACGAGAUAGAGAAUCGUAAUCUUUCCACAGAUAAAUGGUUCAUCUUUAAUAUCCAGCAGACUGGCUACUAUCGGGUCAACUAUGAUAUAGAUAACUGGCAGGCUAUAACCCAACACUUAAUGGAUGAAAAGCAUUUUGAGGAAAUUGCACCAGCCAAUCGGGCUCAGCUCAUCGACGAUGUUAUGAACUUGGCAAGGGGUUCGUUCCUCUCUUAUGAUACGGCUAUGAAUUUGACCCGAUAUCUAGCCCAUGAGACGGGUCAUGUGCCCUGGAAGGCAGCCAUAACUAAUUUCAAUUUCAUUGACUCCAUGUUUGUCAAUUCUGGGGAUUAUGAUUUGCUUAAGAAAUAUCUUCUCAAACAACUGCAAAUAGUUUAUAAUCAAGUUCGAUUUGAAGACUCACGGAGCGAGAACGAAGAUAUUCUAUUGCUGCUAAAGCGUUCGGAAAUAUUGAAUAUGGCUUGCCAUCUGGGACAUCAGGAAUGCAUCUCGGAGAGCAUAAGACAUUUUCAGAACUGGAUACAAACACCAAAUCCUGAUGCUAAUAAUCCAAUUGGUCCAAAUCUUCGUGGCGUUGUCUACUGUACGGCCAUUCAAUAUGGUACUGAAUAUGAAUGGGAUUUUGCUUUCGAGCGUUAUUUAAGGACAAGUUUAUCCGGCGAAAAGGAGUUACUGCUCACUGCCUUGGGCUGCUCAAAAGAGCCCUGGCUGCUCUAUCGCUAUCUUCGACGUGGUAUUGCCGGAGAACAUAUACGAAAACAAGACGUAUUUCGGGUAUUUGCCGCUGUAUCCAAUUCGGUGGUUGGUCAGCAUGUAGCCUUUGAUUUUCUGCGUAACAAUUGGCAAGAGAUCAACACAUAUAUGGGCUCCCAGAUAACCAAUAUCCAUACAUUGCUUAAAUUUGCCACCAAACGCAUGAACUCCAAGUACCAGCUGGCCGAGUUUGAGGAAUUUCUGCAUGAUGCCCAUUGGGAUUAUGAUAGACCCAUACAGCAAAUUGUUGAACAAGUUGAGACCAGUGUUGACUGGAUGACCCGCAAUUACAAGUCGAUUGUGAAAUGGCUACAACGUGAAGUUGGCUCGACGUAAAAACGUUCCGAUUUGGUUUUUGGCUGGAUCCAAAGAGACAGCGGGAGCAGCAGCAGUAUUAAACACUUGGCUAUGCAUUUAUGUCUUAGUAUCUAGGAGAGCUGGAGCGCUUGCCUCUGUAAAAAAAAGGAAUAAUUUGUACUAAUCUAAUUUUAAAAACUUCUUC